AUGGAGUUGGUUCCUCUGUCAAUUGAUUCACAUGUUGUUGGAGUACCGGAUAAUCAGUUCAUUGUUCCUAUGUCUAAUUUUCCAGAUGAUGAAAAUGGAAUAACUACAAAUUCAAUGAAUUUCAUGGAUUUUGCAAAGGAAGCCGCCGAAGCAAUGUCAUUAGCUGCAAAGACAAUUGAAAAUGGGCAGAACACAAUGUAUCAUGAUGGGGUGAAUUCAGUUGAGUCAUUAGCUGCAAAGACAAUUGAAAAUGGGCAGAACACAAUGUAUCAUGAUUGGGUGAAUUCGGUUGACUCGGAGGGAUUUACAACAGGUCCAAAGGUUCAGAAGGCCAGCGACCACGUUUAUAAGGUGUCGACCGAAGCCUGUUUGUAUGUUGUAAAUUUGGAAUCUAAGACCUGCACCUGCAAUCGGUUCCAAAUGGAUGAGCUACCAUGUUCGCACGCCAUACGAGUCAAUCGAUCCCUGCAUAUCGAUCCAUUGCCAUUUUGUUCAUCCUUCUACAAAACGAAAAACUUUCUAGAGACGUAUGCUGAGCCGGUUUCCCCAAUUUAA